AUGUCUGUAACCAAUUUGAUUUAUUGGUUCCAAAUUCUGAUCACUGUCGCUACACCCAUAAACGUGUCAUACAAUCAACCUCGGUUUAGUUCCUGUGCAAUAUGGGAUGUAAACGCGAGCACGAUAAUCACCAGUACCCCGAUUGGGUCCUCCCCCUAUGGCCUCUUUAUCAAUACGAACAAUACAAUUUACAUAACAUCACGAAAGAAGAAUAACGCUCAGAUAUGGACUGAGGGCGCAAUCAGUUCAACAAAUAUUUCUUCAUUUAGUUUGAAUGCUUCUGCUGGAAUUUUUGUUACUAAUACAAAGGAUAUUUACAUUGAUAAUGGGCUUUACAAUAAUGUAGUUGUGAUGUGGCCAUACAAUCAGAUGACCAGUAGAAUCGUUAUGAAUGUAUCUGGACGGUGUCAUUCUCUUUUUGUCGAUAUUAACAAUACUCUUUACUGUUCCAUGGGAGAUCUACAUCAAGUUAUGAAGAAAUCAUUGAAUACUAGCGUUGAUAUAUUACCAACAGUUAUUGCAGGCAGUGGAGUAAGCGGAUCAGCGGCAAAUCUGCUUGCAAAUCCGUACGGUAUCUUUGUUGAUACUAACUUUGACUUAUAUGUCGCCGAUAGUUCAAAUAAUCGUAUUCAAGUUUUCCAUCGUGACCAACCAAAUGGCACAACUAUUAUUGGCAUCGGAUCAUCAAAUAGCUUUGCACUGAACGAUCCAUCGGAUGUCACACUCGACGCAGAUGGUUAUCUAUUUAUUGUAGAUAAGGGUAAAAAUCGCAUCAUUGGAUCAGGACCGUAUGGAUACCGGUGUAUUGCUGGAUGUUCAGAAAUAAGCAAUUCAACACCUGAUACACUUUCAGGACCGUUUAUUAUCGCUUUUGACAGUCACGGAAAUUUGUUUGUUCUCGACACGAAUAAUGCUCGAGUCCAAAAAUUUACUCUCAAAAACAAUUCCGUCGCUUGCACUGACCCAACAACAAUACAAACAUCAAUUACACUUGAGGACAGUACAACUUCGGUGCAAUUAACAACAACAUACGUUGAAUCGGCCGAAUUUGUCACGACAGUCAUUGAGACCUCAACGACUUCUUUAUUCAAUGACCAAUCCACUACAGUUGUAACAAUGUUGACUACAAAUACAGAAUCGAGUUCUUCAUCGGAACUGUUGUCAACAACAGCUAAUAUGACCGUUGAGACACAAUCAGUUUAUUUUGUUCCUCAAAAGUGCGUCGAUUCUAAUUACAUGGGUUUGUCGUGCAACCAAACAAGUAACUCAUGCGAUAUGCUUCUUCCAUGUCAAAAUGCAGGCACUUGCUAUUUUAAUGUCAACGCUUCCGAUCAGUAUUUCUGUUUAUGUAACAAUGGUUUCAAUGGUACCCAUUGUCAAUACGAUACACGACCUUGUUCACCUAAUAAAUGUUGGAAUAAUGGUUUUUGUACGGCAACGUCGAGCAUAAGUUUUUCAUGUUUAUGUUCUUCUGCUUGGCAGGGUGUGUAUUGCCAGACAAAAGUUAACUAUUGUGGCAAUGUUACUUGCUAUAACAAUGCUGUCUGUCGUUCUCUACUGUCUGAUUACAAAUGUGAAUGUUUAACUAGCAGUUUCUCCGGCCGCUUUUGUGAACACAAAACCAAUUCUCUUGUCACUAAAGAAAUCAUUACAAAAACCCUAACUUAUGUUGCUGUCAUCGCUGUUGCAACGGUUGCUCUCUUUGUAAUUGUGCUCGAUGUGUUAAAAUACGUAUUUCAUAUCGAUCCAGUCUAUCAAGAACGUAAACGAUUGUCAUCUCAUCGAAAACAAUGUGCUUCUGUUCAACCUAAACCUCGUGUUGUCCUUAGACCUGUUUAUGUCAAUUAA